AUGUCUCUAUUCGGCACUUCUCCCGAUGAUAAUCCUGCGGCCAAGAUCGAUGCAGCUUCACAACCCAAGUCGUCUUUGUUUUCUGAUCAGCCGGCCUUUGGUCAACCCUCAACGUCCUCCAUUUUCGCGGACGAUACCCCUGGAGUUUCCUCGCCAUGGAACUCGACUAACCCGAAAAGGGCUGCGCGCCACGAGCUUGUGAAGAUGCUACUACCGGCCUCAGAGGUUCCAGAAAGCUACAUUGAUGCCUAUGAUGCUGUGUUAGACUCGGGAGAUAAGUUUGGUGCUGGCAUCGCUGUUGAAGGAGCAAGGAAAGUCCUGCGAGAUUCCAGCUUGAGCUCCGAGGAACAGGCUACGAUUCUUAAUAUGGUGGUUCCUGGUGGCCGCGAUCCCCCAAAUGGAUUGGGGAGAGGUGAAUUCAAUGUUUUGCUUGCUCUGAUAGGUUUGGCUCAGGAGGGUGAAGAUCUUACGUUCGAUACCAUUGACGAGAGACGGAAGAAACUCCCGCGACCUAACAUACCUUAUGUCGACGAAUUGAGAUCCCGAAACGGCGGUGGAAUUGGACAAACCACCAACGAACCACAUACCCCAAAGAGAUCUCCUCCGCGACGGAUGACACAGGAAUCCCUUGGGGAUUCCGAUCCCUGGGGAAGCCCGGGACUCCAUCGUGGCCACAAUCAUUCCAUUGAAAAUGAUACUGGACCUAAUGCUGGAGUUAAUGAAUUUGACGCGGCCGCACAUCCCCCAGCGAAUGGUUGUACUCAGAAAACUUCAGGUGGGUACAGUGGUCAACCCAACUCGCAGAAUGGGGGCGAGCAUUCCGAACAACCCAGCGAAAAUACUUCAGGGAGUGUCGAAUCUGGCUGGGUGGAAGGCCUUUCCAACCCAUCCGGUGCCGGAUUCGGAGGGGCGGGACAUUCAGGGAUGGGUGCCGGAUUUGGCCAGUCAGGGGACGACCAAAGAAAUCCUAAUUCCAAUAAUAAUGUACCUAGAUCCAUUGGCGGCGGUAGGGUAACCUCGCCAGGGGUGGACGAAGUGAUAACAAUCAACAUGUUGCCUGAAAAGGAGGGCAUGUUCCUAUUCCAACACCGAAACUACGAGGUCAAAUCUUCGCGGAGAGGAAGCUCUGUAAUCCGGAGAUAUAGCGAUUUCGUAUGGUUGGUGGACUGUCUGCAAAAAAGGUAUCCGUUCCGCCAGAUACCACUACUCCCUCCAAAGCGAGUCGCAGUCAAUGGCACUCACCUCGCAGCGGAUUCAAACUCCUUUCUCGACAAGAGACGGAAGGGUUUAGUUCGAUUCGCAAAUUCCCUUGUUCGCCAUCCGGUAUUGACCCAGGAACAGCUGGUAGUGAUGUUUCUGACCGUUCCGACUGAGUUAUCUGUCUGGCGAAAACAGGCUACCAUUUCCGUCCAGGAAGAAUUUACUGGAAAAUUACUUCCUCCAGACCUCGAAGACUCCCUCCCUCAGACCUUGGACGGAACUUUCGAUAGAGUUCACUUCGGUAUCAAGCGUUCAGCUGAAAUUUACAUCAACCUCUGUAAUUUGAUUGACCGUCUUGUCAAACGCACUCAAGGCCUUGCCGCGGACCAGUUCCGAUUGUCCAGGGCCCUGCAAGCUCUAACCGAUUGUACAUCGGACACCUAUGCAGUUGACACAAACUAUGUGCCACUGUUAAACAACGGCAUAAACUCCACCGCUAAGCACCUUAUCGCCAGCCAGGGAUUGCUGGAUGAUGAGGCUCGGGCGUGGAACGAUGGGGUCCUGGAAGAUUUCAAAAUGCAACGAGAUUGCUACGUGGCUAUGCGCGACCUCUUUGAUCGAAGGGACCGCUAUGCCAAGGACAAUAUUCCACAACUCGAGCGGCGGAUUGAGAGUAAUGAGAGGAAGUUACAGAAUUUGCGAAGUAGGCCUGAAGGGACGGUUAAGCCGGGGGAGGUCGAGAAGGUGGAAGAUUCAAUUAUCAAGGACAAGAAAUCUAUCGUUCAACAACACGCCAGGGGUGUAUUCAUUAAGGAAUGUAUCCGUGAUGAGCUGCAGUACUUCCAGAUGAGCCAAUACCAUGUUAGUCGACUGCAUCAGGAUUGGAGUCAGGAGAGAGUGAAGUAUGCAGAGCUACAGGCAGACAACUGGCGUUCUCUGGGCGUGGAAGUCGAGGCGAUGCCUACUUCUGAUUAG